AUGGACAGGCACACCUGCAAGCUCUGCUUCCGGAGGUUCCAGAAUGGCCGUGCCCUGGGCGGCCACAUGCGCUCCCAUGUCAUGGCGGCUGCCGCGGCUGCUCCGUACUCGACGCCGCCACCGCAGCAGCUGUCGCCGCCACUGUCCUUAGCAUCCACCUCGUCGACGGACACGGAUGGUAAGCCAGCUCAACCGAAGCGACUGUCCUGGGCCCUGCGUGAGGAUCCCGCGAGAAGCUGCAAGGUAGGCGCGCCUGAAUUCUCAGGCGGAUGCUUCGGCGGGAUCACCGCGGCGGCCGGCGAGUCGUCGGUCGUGCAGGACGGCGAGAGCGACACGGAGUCCCCGCGCGGUGGCGCGGGGUUCGCCGUGAGCCGACGGCGCUCCAAGCGGGCACGGCGGCGCGCGCCGCCGCCUGUGCCGGAUCCCGAGCCGGCGAGCACCGUCUCCGAUUCGACGCAGGAGGAGGACGUGGCCAUGUCGCUCGUGAUGCUGUCUCAGGACUCGUGGACGCGGUCCAGAUCCGAGCCGGAGCCCCGCUGGGCCUCGGAGGCUGAGCAAAACAACGACGGCGCCAAGGUGUUCGACGAGGACGAGGACGGUCGCAACGUGGUCGGCGAGGCUUACUACGUCGAGACGGCGGCGGCGCACGUGCACCCACGCGCAAGGCACCAGUGCGGCGCAUGCAAGAAGGUGUUCCGAUCGUACCAGGCCCUCGGCGGCCACCGCGCCAGCGUCAAGAAAGGCAAGGGCGGCUGCGUGCCACCGCCGGCUGGCAAGGCCUGCCGCGCCGACGCCCCGAUCGUCCACGAGUGUCCGUUCUGCUUCCGCGUGUUCGGCUCCGGCCAGGCCCUGGGCGGCCACAAGCGCGCGCACAUGCCGUUCGGCGGCGCGCUCGCCGCCUCGUCGCCUCCGGCGAAAUGCGGCGACAGCUUCGGGUCCUUCGAUCUCAACGUGCCGGCCGCGUUCGACGACGACUUCGAGCUCUCCGCCGUGUACGACGCCGAGUUCGGCAGCGCCAGACAGUGA